AUGAACGGAACGGCCGUGGGUAUCUGCAAUGGACACUUUGUUGAUGCCCGAGGCCGCGUUCGGCUUCUCCGUGGGGUCAACCUGGGCGGCUCGUCGAAGCUCCCUUUUGACUACCGUCAUACGAAUCGUCACUGCAGUAGCAGCGAUAGUUUCUUCGAUACCGCGCGCAGCGUUUCAUUUGUCAAUCGUCCGUUCCCGCUGAGUGAAGCGCCUUUGCACUUUGCAAGGCUCCAGCGCUGGGGCUUGACGCUCCUUCGCUUUGUCGUUACGUGGGAGGCGAUCGAGCACGGCGGACCAGGAGUGUACGAUCACGAGUUUCUAGGCUACGUACGGGCUAUCAUUAGUCUUGCAGCAGACUACGACCUUAGCGUGUACGUUGAUCCGCACCAAGAUGUAUGGUCGAGAUGGACGGGAGGAGAUGGAGCGCCAAUGUGGACGCUGGAAAGCGUGGGCCUUGAGCCGCGCAACUUUGAAGCAACAAAGGCAGCGCUGUGUAUUGAAACGUGUGGAGUAGAGGUGAAAAAGUUCCCGAAAAUGAUUUGGCCGACGAAUUACUUCAAAAUGGCGUGUGCUACGAUGUUUUCACUCUUUUGGGGAGGUGCUAAAUGUGCGCCGUCGUGCACAGUCGAUGGCGUUCAAGUACAAGAGUAUUUGCAGUCGCACUAUUUGAAUGCAAUGGCACGGUUAGCCGAAGUGUUGGAGGGAUUGACAAAUGUUAUUGGCUUCGGGACGAUGAAUGAGCCGUCCAGUGGAUAUUUGGGACUCAAGGACUUGAGCAAGCACUUCCAUCCAGGAGAGCUGAAGUAUGAAUUGGCACCCACACCAUUCCAAGGCAUGGCUUUGGCUGACGGCUGUCGGCAAGUUAUCCAGCGCUGGUCAAAUGGUGCAAACCAACACGUGUUUGGACGACCCGAUGCGCUUGUGACGGUGGAUCCCAAGGGAGUACGCGCUUGGCAGAAAGGCCGACGCUGCAUAUGGAAGGAGGAAGGUGUUUGGGACGUGGACGAACGAAUCGGGACACCAGUCUUGCUGCGUCCAGAUCACUUUGCAGGCAUCAUGUUUGGUCGGGAUUGCUAUGUGCCUUUUGCAGCGCGCUUCAGCGAUCGCAUUCGAAGCAUCUUGCCCCAUGUUUUGCUUUUUGUCGAGCUUCCGCCACUAGAGUUCAGUAUAGAUGAGUUCCCUGACAUCGAUGAUACACUCAUUCCACGUGCAGUCAAUGCUACGCAUUGGUACGAUGGGGUCACGUUAUUCUUGCGUGCGUGGCGCCCGUAUUUCACAGUGGAUCCGAGAACAAAGCGUCCUGCUUUCGGCUCUACUGCUGUGCGGAAAAUGCAUAUGAAGCAACUGGAGGGUAUCAAGGUCUAUGGCAAAGAACAGAUGAAAAAUGCUCCGACACUCAUCGGUGAAACCGGCAUCCCUUUUGAUAUGCACGGUGGCUCAGCAUUCCGGAGCGGUGACUUUCGUGCGCAAAUCGGAGCCCUGGACAAUACUAUCUCUUGUCUAGAGGCCUCGUUGGUUUCAUUUACGCUUUGGUGUUACACGUCGGACAAUUGCAAUGACUACGGCGAUCAAUGGAAUAUGGAGGACUUGAGUUUAGUCAGCAAUGUCGAGUCCGUGGGGUCGGAGAGACUACCGUCGGCCUCAAAUCCAGACGCCUGUGCGCGAGCGAUUUGGGCAUUUGCUCGUCCCUAUGCUACACAUAUUACAGGCACUCCUGCUAAGUCAGAGUUCAAGCUUUCGCACGUGCGCUACGAGCUGAAGUACUUUUCGACGCCAAGCAAGUCCUGUGGGACUUCCGUGCAGCACCCAACGGAAGUCUUCGUGCCGCAUUUGCAGUACCCCAAGGGUUACGCAGUGGAAGUGUCCGAUGGCCACUUUUGCUGUCAAUCGUACAACGGGUGGGACAUCGUGUCGUUCUUGCAUGAUCCAUCCAAGGCUGAUCAUUGGCUCGUGAUUACAUCAAAGGACACAAGAAUCGGAAAGCGUCGUCGGGCACGCGUUUGUAAGAGGCAGAUGAUGAUGCCUUUACUCUUGGCAAUCGCUGGCCUCUUAUUGUACUUGAUUCUUGGAUAA